AUGAUGCUUUGGCGAAAACCGCCGAACGUCGCCGGCACCUCUGCAAAUGCACUGUUUGCAUUGUUGCUGGUGGCGAGCGGCGGCUGUCUUUUUGGACAUGAUACUGGUGUGAUCAAUGGCGUGUUGGCCAUGCCAAGCUUCAAGGAUCAGUUUAAUCCAUCGACCAGUCAAUCCUCACUGAUCGUGGCGAUAUUGAGCGCCGGGACUUUUGUCGGCAGCUUGGUAUCAGCACCACUGGCCGAUUUCAUAGGCCGUCGAAAGGCUUUGCACAUUGCCAUAGGAGUCUUUUGCCUUGGUGUUGUAUUCCAGGUCUGCUCCGCCGAUAUACCAAUGCUCCUGGGCGGAAGGUUCGUGGCCGGGAUUGGCGUGGGAUUGAUAUCGGUUCUUGUUCCACUCUAUCAAUCAGAAAUGGCACCAAAGUGGAUUCGAGGCACGAUGGUGUGUGCAUACCAGCUUUUCAUAACGUUGGGGCUCCUCGCAGCCUCGGUCAUCAACAUCAUUACCAGCGACAUCCCAGGCCCAGCUGCGUACCGCAUACCUCUCGGCCUUCAACUUGUGUGGGCCUGCGUUCUUAUGAUGGGCCUUCUCAUUUUACCAGAAACUCCUCGCUACCUCAUCAAGCGAGGCUUAGAUACCGAGGCGGCACUUUCGCUCAGCCGACUACGUCGCCUCGAUAUUACUCAUCCAGCUGUGAUCGAAGAAUUGGCCGAAAUUAAGGCCAACCACGAAUAUGAGCUCGCAUUGGGCCCUGACACAUAUAAAGAUGUGUUCUUCGGCUCUCCCCAUCUGGGUCGUAGGACCCUGACGGCGUGCGGUCUGCAGAUGCUGCAACAGCUCAGUGGAGUUAACUUCAUUAUGUACUACGGCACGUGGUUCUUCAAGGGGGCAAUGGUCGACAACCCUUACCUCAUCUCUUGCAUCAUGAAUAUUGUCAACUUUAUUUCAACGCUUCCUGGCCUGGUUGUCGUCGAAUCAUGGGGACGCCGGCGACUGCUGAUUGUCGGGGCGAUUGGCAUGUCAAUCUGUCAACUAUCGGUCGCUUCCUUCACAGCGGCUACCAAGCACAUAGCGGGUUCAAACGGAUCCAGCACACUGCAGAACCAGGUCUUGGUCACAUUUGUCGCCAUAUACAUAUUUUUCUUUGCGGCCUCGUGGGGACCUGUCGUGUGGGUCGUCACGGCCGAGAUAUUCCCGCUCAAGGUGCGCGCCAAGUCAAUGUCGGUGUCGACAGCGUCAAACUGGCUGCUCAACUUUGGCAUCGCCUACAGUACCCCUUAUAUGGUGGACACUGGCUAUGCGAGCCUGGGCCCGCUCAUCUUCUUUGUUUGGGGCGCCUUCUGCAUAGUCGGCAUCUUCUUUGUUUACUUUAUGGUCUACGAGACGAGCAAGAUCAGUUUGGAGCAGAUCGAUGAAAUGUAUGAACGUGUCACGGUGGCUUGGAAGAGCCGUGAGUUCGAGCCGAGCUGGAGUUUCCAACAAAUGCGGGACCUUGGCUACUCUGACAGCGGGAUACCGUCGGAGGAGAGCAAUGAGUUGCAACAAACGACGACGACGGAAUCCGAGACCACCUCGAAUGGGAUGGCGCCGUCGAAUGGGAAUAGCAAAUCGAUACCAACAAUGGGUAAUGUCGAUUUCAGUUAUUGA